CCUGGGCCUAUCGGAAUACGGGCCGAGGUCUCGAACACGCUACGGAGAGAAGUCCUUCAACCCUUCCCUCUUCUUCUUCUUCUCUCUCUCCCCUGUGUGUGUGUGUAUUGAUAUUGUUCAUUAGAAUUUAGAAAUACUGUGCUUUAGAGGAGAUCAAAUGCACCAGAUACCUACCAGCGACAACUUUCGUAAUUGCUCCGAGCGGCAUCACCGAUGGCCUGCUACAAAUCACUGACUAGUUGGACUGUGCACGCCUUUAAUGCCUACUGGUUUUGAUUGCAUCAUAAUGCCCAUGGUCCUCCAUCAGCAUGUUAUUGUUGCAGAUUUAAAAGAUGGUGACUUCAGUGACAAAGAUUUGUUCGUCUCUUUUUCGUUUUCGUGAACCAUUUCUCCAGUAUUGUUCCAUUCGUUUUAUCUCAUCAAUUCCGACACUUGAAGAAUCUGUCAGAGCAGCAGUGGAGGCCAAAAAAUACCAGCAAAUUCCUGAUCUUCUCAUUGCCUCAAAUGAGUCUUGCCAAAACCCAAACCCGUUCUCAUUCCUCUCCACCUUCCCGCAGCAUCUGAGAACCAAAAUCAUUGACGAAAUCUUGCAAUCUUUUAUCCCUGUCAGACCCCGUUAUCGCUGUCAUGUUGCCUAUUCUUUCCUUCUCUCCUACACCCUCCAAAGUCCUGAUCCCUUUCCUCUUGCUCUUGCCAUUAUUCAACGAACUCUACGUUCCGGCUGCAUCCCUGUCCCCCAAACUCAGCUUUUUCUUUCCAAUGCAUGGCUUCAUCGACAACACCAAUCUCAGUCUGUCUCAAACCUACUUCUAGAGAUGCAAUCAAUUGGUUAUAACCCUGAUACUGGAACUUGCAAUUACCUUAUUUCCUCACUCUGUGCUGUCGAUCGUUUGACAGAUGCAGUUAACGUGUUGAACGGCAUGAGUGGGGUAGGAUGUGUUCCUAACUUGGAAAGUUAUAGUGCUGUAAUUGGUGCUAUGUGUGCAGUCAGAAGAACUACAGUUGCGGCAGAAAAGAUGAAAGAAAUGGUGGCGAAAAUUGGAUUGACGCCAAGACAGGAAACAGUGGUGAAAGUGGUUGCGGCAAUGCGCAGAAACAAAGAUAUUCGGAGAGCAGUUGAUUUGAUUGAGUUUUUGGAGAAGGCAGGGUUCCCUGUCGGUUUUGAAAGCUACGAGUUAGGGGUUGAAGGCUGCUUGGAGUGUGGUGAGUUUAUUUUGGCUGGGAAAGUUGUAAUGAGGAUGACUGAAAGAGGUUUUAUACCUUAUAUUAGGGCAAGGCAGAAGGUAUUUGAGGGGCUGGUUAGUGUCGGGGAACAGGAGCUUGCCUGUGCUGUGAGGCAAAAGUUUGUAGAAUUGAAAUCUUAGCUUCUCGGAUGUCGUUUGGGCUGUCUGUUUGCAGAAAAUGAACUAAAGGUCGUUUUUGUGGGCUGGUGAAUAUAACGACCUUCGGUUAGUUAUCAAACGUUCAUCAUAUAUCAGUCGACAACCAAAGAGGAGCUAUGAUCAAUAUCUUGUUAGUUAGCAGUAUAAAUCUCCAUUGAAGUUUUCUAAUGAAUGACAUACGUCUAUUGUCUGGCAUGGUAUCAUGUCAGAUUUAAUCAAUGCAUGGAUAUAUAAGCUCUUUGGUGGAAGUAAAACUUCAAUUCGCAGCUCUUGAUUUUAUUUUCCUUCAUGUUUACUCUCUUUCUGGAAAGCUAUGGAUUAUGUUUGUUCUUGGCUA